GCUCCCCGCCUCUCUCCGCCCACCGCCAGAGCCAUGAAGGUCGCUAGUGGCAGCGCCGUGGCCACCGCGGGCCCCAGCUGCGCGCUGAAAGCCGGCAAGACGGCGGGCGGUGCGGGCGAGGUGGUGCGCUGCCUGUCGGAGCAGAGCGUGGCCAUCUCGCGCUGCGCCGGGACGCGCCUGCCCGCGCUGCUGGACGAGCAGCAGGUGAACGUGCUGCUGUACGACAUGAACGGCUGCUACUCGCGCCUCAAGGAGCUGGUGCCCACCCUGCCCCAGAACCGCAAGGUGAGCAAGGUGGAGAUCCUCCAGCACGUCAUCGAUUACAUCAGAGACCUGCAGCUCGAACUCAACUCCGAAGCCGAAGUCGGGACUCCGGGCGGCCGGGGCUUACCGGGUCGGGCUCCGCUGAGUACCCUCAACGGCGAGAUCAGCUCCCUGACGGCCGAGGCGGCGUGCGUUCCAGCCGAUGACCGCAUCUUGUGUCGCUGAGGCGCUUGCCCCCGCCCGGGGACCGACGAACCCCCCAGCCCUGCAGGGGUGGUGGUGGGUGUUUGGGGAGAAGAGUCAGUGCUCUCUGGUUAUCCCCCCGCCACGUACCCCUCCACGUCCACCCCGUGCGUUGCCAGAGCAGGGGGCGAGGAGCAAAACCGACAGAAGCUCGCCGAGUCCGGCCCGGGGCUGGGGUCGAGGGGAACGGCCGCGGGCAGGCCGGCCCUCCAGCCACACACCUGCCAGUCUCCAGUGACUGCCGCGCAGGGGCGGGCGGGGGGGACACACUUAUCCCCCUCCUCGUUUGUUUUUUGAAAAGCAAGACAUUUUAAAAAAUGGUCACGUUUGGUGCUUCUCAGAUUUCUGAGGAAAUUGCUUCGUAUUGUAUAUUACAAUGAUCACCGGCUGAGAAUAUUGUUUUACAAUAGUUCCGUGGGAUGGAAGGGGGUGGGAGGGAUGUGUUUUCCUUUUUGUUAUUAAACAAAUACUUUCGAUGA